UUUCUUUGGAACAUAUAUUCUCAUCAGACAUCAGUAGUACUCAGAUACAAUUCCAUUUGAAGAGAAGAGAGGCCGGUAAACAUAUCAAGAAAGAAGGAGAAGCUAGAGAGAUCGAGAUGGAGAGCCAGAAGAAGAUGAUGGUUGUUUUUGGGUUAGUUGCGGCUGUGUUUUUACAGUGUGUGGCGGCACAGACGACCCAUGUGGUGGGAGGUAGCGUAGGCUGGACCAUACCACAGACCGGUGCACAAGAGUAUGUCACAUGGGCGUCUGGUCAGAAGUUCGUAGUUGGUGAUUUUCUGAUUUUCAACUUCACGACAAACUCACACGACGUUCUGGAAGUACCCAAAGCAUCGUUCGACUCUUGCAGCUCCACCGGCAGCACCAUCAAGACCGGCCCGGCCAACAUCACUAUCAACUCCACCGGCGAACAGUACUACAUCUGUACUAUCGGCAACCACUGCCAGUCCGGCCAGAAGCUCGCCAUCACCGUCUUAACAUCCGCCACGUCACCCGGAGGCUCUCCUUCUGCACCAUCUCCAUCUACCACAGCUAACAACACGCCGGGGGUGACGUUUUGUGCUGGUUUCGUUUUGUGCUCGUUGUCCCUUGUAAUGGGAUUGUUCUUUUAGAGACGCGUAUAUACAUACUGUAAUUUAUUAUAUCCCAUUGUUCAUUUUGGAUAUUUUGAGAGAUCGAUAGACAAUAAGGUUAAUGUUGAUUGUUAUUUGAUUUUUAGCAUGAUGAUAUAUUUUUGGAGCGCAUGAUUAUCGAU